AUGAGACCUCCGACUCCUCCCAUGGCUACAAGCUCCGGAACAACCGAAAGAAUCGAAGAGGAUACACCCGGGUGUAGGGAAACUGAAGAGGAUACACCCGGGUGUAGGGAAACUGAAGCGCCAUGUUCCUCCUCUAUGGUUCAUGAACAAGGUGAAGAUGAUAGGCCAGAGUCAGGAGAAAGUGGUUAUGGCACUGCUGAGACACCUUCGUUAGACCGAAUGGAUGAGCCUGAUAUAAUUGAGGAGCCAAAAGCGGGGAUGGAGUUUGAUUCUGUUGAGGAAUUAAUGAGUUAUUAUAAACUAUAUACUAAGAAAUGCGGGUUUGGAUCUAUGACUCAAAGGAGUGAAAGGGAUGACGAAGGGAGUGUCAGAUAUGUGACUAUUGGUUGCGCCCGUGGGGGGAAAGCGAGGAAUAGGACAAUGAAUGUCGCCAAACCACGACCGACAGGAAAGACUGACUGUAAGGCAAGGAUUAAUGCCUUAAAAGUUAGGGGAAAGAUGCAGUUGACCACAGUUAAUAAUACCCACAAUCACGGGCUGAGUCUACAGAAAUCUCGUUUCUUCCGAUGUAACCACGAAAUUAGUGAGACUGUAAAAAUGGUAUUAGAUACUAACGACCUAGCUGGCAUUCGAAUGAAUAAGAGUUUUGGAUCUCUUGUUGUGGGUGCGGGAGGAUUUGAGAACCUGCCAUUUUUGGAAAAAGAUUGUCGCAAUUACAUCGAUAAGGCAAGACAUCUACGACUUGGAGCAGGUGGUGCUGGAGCGCUUCGAGACUAUUUUUGUAGGAUGCAGUACAAGAACCCCGGAUUCUUUGCCUUGAUGGAUUUAGAUGAUGAUGGUAGGUUAAAGAAUGUCUUUUGGGCAGAUCCACGCAGUAGAGCAGCUUAUCAAGAUUUUGGUGACGUGGUAACAUUUGACACCACGUACUUGACAAACAGAUACGGGAUGCCCUUUGCACCCUUUGUUGGUGUAAACCAUCAUGGGCAGUCGAUUCUUUUGGGAGCAGGGUUAAUUUCCAGUGAGGACACAGAGACUUUUAUAUGGUUAUUUCAGGCUUGGCUGCAGUGUAUGGAUGGUAUAGCCCCACCAGCUAUUAUUACUAACCAAGACAGAGUAAUGAAAAAUGCAAUAGCCAUUGUAUUUCCAGAAAGCCAACAUAGAUUUUGCCUCUAG